CGCGGGCCGGCCUGCCCCGAGGGCGGGGCGCGUGGUGGGCGGGGCCUGUCGUCCAGACAACCGGGAGCGUUCCCGCAAGCCCCGGAGCUCGCCCUGGACGUGGAGGUCCCGCCGGCCUCAUGUCUGCCAGUAAGAAGAAGAAGCUAAGCAAAGCAGAGCGCCUGCGGCUGCUCCAAGAGGAGGAGGAGCGACGGCUGAAAGAGGAAGAUGAAGCUCGUUUGAAAUCUGAAAAGGAAGAACUGGAAAGACUGGAGACAGAGCGGGCUGAGAAAGAGAAAUGGCAUCGACUGGAAGUAAAGGACCUAGGAAGGAGAAAUGUGGAGCUUGAAGAGCUCUCUUUGCUGGAGGGCUGCUUUCCUGAAGCCGAGAAGCUAAAACGAGACACCAGAGCCCUUUCCAAGUGGAAGCAUUACAUUCAGUGUGACGGGAGCCCCGAUCCCUCAGUACCCCAAGAGAUGAACACUUUCAUUAGCUUGUGGGAAGAGGAAACGAAAGAGACUUUCGAGCAAGUGAUCGAGAAAAGCAAACUAGUGCUGUCUCUCAUUCAGAAGCUAAAGCUAACUUUAUUGGAAACUCCAUCAUGCGAUCUGCCAGACAGAACUAUAGAACACCACCAAGGGUCGAUUCUCCGACUUCAGGAGCUCCUCCAUCUGAAGUUCAACAUUGCCACAGAGCUUCUUCUCGGACACGCUAGUACCUUGGCAGAUCUGGACAGUGGGAAUAUGGAAAAAGUCAUUCAAGAUGAGAACGUCACCCUGUACAUGUGGGCCAACCUCAAGAAGAAUCCAAGGUGCCGAAGUGUGAAAUUCUCAGAGACACAGAUCGGGUUUGAAAUUCCAAGACUCCUAGCCACAAGCAACAUCGCCCUGCGGCUCCUGCACACUCGUUAUGAUCAUGUCACCCCAUUCCCGCCGUACCCCGUCACAGCCCCAGUAGAGCAAGAGCACAUCCCCGUGGAAACUGAGCCUUUCAGAGUGAGCCAAGCCAUGACAGAGAAAGCUGCCCCAGCAGAGAAGGCCGUCACUCUGGAAAUGCCCGAGAAGCAGGGUGACCAGCUGGAUCCCACACAAGAAAGAGGACUCAGCUUAAUCCAAGAGGAGGAGGCCAAAGUGGAGGCUGAAGAGGACACCCUAAUCCACAGGUUGCAGGUCUCUGUCCAGGAAGAGGAAGAAACCACAGUCAACAAAUGUGAACUGGAGAUGACGUUGCUAAGUGAAGCAGUUUCAACAGCACAGCUGCGUCUGAUAGAGAAUUCUCUGGAAAAGCCAGAAAUCAAUGAGGAGAAAGAGGUGGACCUGUGCCAGUUCUCCAUUCUGGGCGGAGUGUACCACCUGGACAUUCUGGAGCUGCCCCCACAGUGCAAACCAGUGAAGGGCUGGAUGAUUGUGGAAAUACUCAAAGACGGAUUACAGAAGUUUAUGUAUCCUCCAGAGACCCAUGAAGAACCUGACCCAGAAAGCACCUUUCCACCCAUAGAGGUCACACUGGAGGUCCACGAGAAUGUCAUCUUUUUUGAGGAUCCUAAGGUCAUAAGGUGGGAUGAUGAAGGUAAAAUCUGGCGAACUGAUGGCAUCAGCAACAUAUUUUACAAUCGAGAAGAAAGACUCAUAACAUUCGGUCUGGAAACUUUCGGCCCCGUGACCUUGAUUCAAGACACCCAUAUUAACAUGCCGUACCAGUCAUGGGAACUGAGACCACUGGGUAUGAAUAAAGUGCUUCUGAGUGUGACUACGCUAUUUGCUGAGAUACAGAUACAUAUCAAGGGAAAUCUCUGCAUGUUAGCGUCAGUCAAGCUGAGAGACCAGGAACAUGGGUCUCACUUGGAAGGAAAAUGGAUGACUCCUGUUCCCUUCAUUUUGGCUUUGAAAGAAGCCGGGCUGAAUAUCUUCCCCACAAAACACUCUCAUUUUUAUGUUGUUAUCAACAACAAGGUUCCGCUGGUUGAGAUGAAGGCCUAUCGGCAGAUGGCCCUGCUGAGCUCUGCCUACGCGUUCAGCUGGAGCAAGUGGAACUUCUACUGCGAUUCUACCAGAGUUAUAUUCAGGGCGAAGGAGCACUUGGCAAAAGAGCCCGAGAACCGUCCCUGGGCCCUUCUGAUGUUCAACGGUGACCGAGCACAGAUGCUCAGGAUAAGGGAGGACAGCGAGGUGUUCUCUGAGGCCCUCAAGGAUGAGACGGAGUUUCACGCCACCUUGUACCAUAUGGUGAAAGACUUUGCAUCGGUGGAGGCCAUGGACAGAGUCAGGCACGCUGACUGCCAGUUCAUUGACUCCGUGUGCCACAUGCUCCUGUCUACCAGGGUCCUCACUUACUCCUGACCUCAGCUGCUGCCAUGGCCUACUGGGCGGACAUCAGGGACAUCCAGGAAUCCCCUUCCUGGGUGGGAGCGGCCGCCACAGACUUCUGGAAGAACCUGCCGGUGAGGAAGCUCAUGAGUGCUGCAAAGACCACGAUGAAGAUCACGGAGAGGCAGAGCGCCUUGGCCCCCCUGAAGGACGCCUGCAGGGGUGCAGCCCAGGAAGCCACCAAGCCAUACCUGCAGCAAGAACACGACACCAGGGCGGGCAAUGCUGAGCUGUCCCAGUGCACCCCUCCGUUUACAGCUAUGGGGAGUAAAGGAGUGCUGUACUGUGAGCCACUAACUCCUGACAAGGCCAAAUAUUCAUCGCAUUCUUUCAGUCAAAGUAAAUCUAUCUACCAAGUAAAUAUUGUUUCUCACUAAACCCUGUGCCCCUACUGUGCUAAAAUUUAAAGAACCCAAACAGUACAGAAGUAAACAGAGCUGAAUGAGCUGUACUCUGCCUUUGUUCUUGAUGAAGCACAGAAGUUCUGGAACGGAUGACCUGGUUCAGGUCAGAGAGCUGUGAUCGGAGCUAAGACUGGCUCCAGGGUCAAGUCCUACCACUGGAAACGCUCCUGCCUCAUGUCCAAUAGGUGAGGGGUUGUUACUGCAGUUGACUACUCAUCUUAAACAAUCUGACAUGUCUUUAAUGCAGUUCCACUAGUACUGCUAUCUGUUAGUCAUGCCCAUCCCACUAAAGCAAGGUCAUGGGCAAGCACUUACACAGAGGAGGCCUCCCACUGGGAUGGGCUGUUCUUCUCAGAAAGGCUGGGCUUCCUCACGUGCUCCACCAUCUCGUCCCUUGGUGGCUCUGACUUAUCUUUGGUUCUGCAGAAAGUAUUGUUUUCAAGAAUUUGAAACUAACAAUAUGCAGUGUUUAUAAGCAUCACUCAGGUUGACUGUAUAACCCGAAGUGCUCAGAGUAACAAAUCUGAAUGUUACAUCACCAGAUCCAUAGCAAUUUAAGUUUAAAAUAAUUUCCUUCCUGUAGUCUACAGAAACAUUUACUGUGCACAUGUGGAUUCCAUAUUUCUUGAAAAUGCUAGAAGAAUACUUAAUAGUGAGAAAAAAAUGCUAUCAGUUUUUAAACCUUGUAGCUAAGCAAUUGAUUAUAUUGUUUUUUUCUGUACAACUUGGUUUUCAGAUAGUCUCCUGGUAUAGCCUAGGGUGGCCUCAAACUUUUGGUGAUCCUCUGCCUCCUCGGUUCAGGGUUAUAGGCACGCUCUGCCGCUUCUGGCUGUCUGAAGAACUUUCAUGCAGUGCUAACUUGGAAAACAAUCACAAUGUCAUCUCUUUCUUAGUUUAAAAAGUUUAUGAAAAUAUUCUAAAUAUUAAGCUAAUCAAACUAAACUAGUACUCAAUGCUCUGGGAACUGGUUGAAGAGAGUGUGUUUUUAAUCAAGUUACUGCCUAAAGAGGGUUUUCUCCACCUGAAUAAAACUUGUUUCAUUUUUA